GAAUAUAACGAGAGUCUGCAUCUGAAAAGAGGACUCAUCUAUCUUUUGCUGACUAUCCAGCUUACACAUUUCAUCCACCAAACCCGACAGAGUACUACUGUUUUGCUUCCACUGUUCUUGUUUUGACUUCUCAACGUUUUCUGCUGCUUCAGUGUUGGUUUCAGUGCUUUUAUUCCACUCGAGUGUCUUCUCCAUCCAUUUGCGUUUCGCAGCGCCUUGAUAUUUAUAUUUCCUGAUAUUUGUUAUUUCUAUCUUGUUAUCUCUGUUUUAAAUGUGUUUUAGACUUUUCUUUUGCUGUGCCUGAGAUUUUGUUUUUGAUUGCUUCGUUCUUCCCCAACCUUCAAAUUUACUCUAAUUUAUUCACUGGAUGAAUUUCAUCCACGCUUUCUUAUAUUUAUCCAUAUUUAGUUAUACUUAAUUGCACCACACUGCCACCUUUUUGAGUCCCGUUAUAUUUUUUUCAUUUGGAGCAUGGGCAGCACUUUUCCUACCAGCAUUGGCUCUUACAACACCAAAGGUGUUGACAACAACAUUACUAUAACCAACAGUCUCAAUGUCAACAUGAACUCUCGUUCCGAUUCACAGUCUCAAUCUUCCUCAAAUCUAGCAGCUAGUGAUUCCAUCGUGAAUGAGGAUUUUGAUUCAAUCUCAAUUAAUUCGGUCAUAUUAAAUAAUGACAGUAAUCAUACCGACAAUAACGAUGAGAAAAUUAAAAAAUUGGACAUUUUAAUCAACAAAGUCCAUGGCUUGCCCAAAUUUAAUUUGAAUUUAAAUCUCAAUAUCAAAGACAACAUUUCGAAUUCGAAUCACAAUAACCAUUGCACUCACAAUCGCGACCAUAAUCACAACCACAACCAUAAUGGCGAAUUCAAUUACAAUCUCAUUCUCCAAUCUUUAAGAGAUUCCCACAAAUCUUCAAAACUAAAAAGACAACAAAAAAAGGAACAGCUAAAACUAAAGUUUAAAAAUCAUGUCAAUUCUAAAAGCAAUAUGGUUAAAAAAAGAAUAAAUAAUAUUAACAACAAAUUGAAUAACAACUCAAUUAACAUUCUCAAUAUUAACCCUAAUAACGUCAACAAACUUUAUGGUCUGAGCAAUAAUAUAAACAGAAAUAUAAAUAAAAAUACAAAUACAAAUACAAAUACAAAUAAAAAUAAAAAUACAAAUUCAAAUAAAAAUAAAAAUAAAAAUAACGAUAUCAACAUGAAUGAUUAUAAUAAUAACAGUAAUGUUAGCAUCGAUGCCAAUGAUGAUAAAAGCAACAAUACAAACACCAGUGUCAAUGGCAGCUCAAUUUUCUUACCCAAUGUCUCAAAAAAAUUCAGUGAAUCUUUUAUACAACCUCUUUUUUUCUUAGAUAAGCCAUGGUAUUUCAACGCUUUUUCCUGUUUUUCCAUUUGUUCUCCCAAGGGUUUUAAAUGGAUUCACUCAAAGUCAUAUAUAAGCGAUAGUUUCAACACGAAUAUCAAUAUGAAAAACAAUAAAAACAUGUCAAUAUUAAUCAAUAACACAAAUAAAAGAAUUCACAAAUCCCUAAUCAACUUGUCUAAAAACUGUCAUUUCCAUAUAAAAUUGGCCAAUUUUUUUCUCCAUUUAUGGUCAAAACCUCUAAAUCCCUCCAACCUUCACGACUUGCCCCCAAUUCAAAUCAUUUUUUCUCUAUUCAAUUAUCUCAUCAACUCAAUUGGCUCGUUGAAUAUUAUGAUAAAUAAAGAGUUAAUUAACAUCUUUUUCGAUCAAAACGGCAAUUUAAAUCUAUCCAAUUUCAAUUACUCAGACUAUUUAUCUCUCAACAGCUUGAUAGCAAUUUCCUGCUCUAUCAAAAUGGAGUUUUUACAGGAAAAACUAUUUUCAAUCGUCUCCAUUGCCAACCAUUCCAAAUCUCUUGAGAAUGAAAUUAUUUUGGAAUUGAAAAAUUUAACAAUUUACAAGUACAGCUCAGUUUACAAUUCCAUGUAUUACUAUAAUCGAAUUUCAAUCUUGGGAGAUGGAAUCAAGUCCGUAUUAGCCUUACUAUUAUUAUUUUUAUUGUCGGAAUUGGAAAAUUAUCAUCAGUUGUCCUCGAUUAUUUCAGUAACCUUGAUCAGGCUAUCUCAGGAAUUGGGUUUGAAUAGGAAUUUAUAUUACUACGGUUUAUCAGAUAGUGAAAGGGAAUCGAAAAAGAAGUUGUGGUGGUUAUGUUACUUGAUUGAUCGAUACGUUUCUUUUAAAAAUGGCACACCCUUGAUAAUUAACGAAAUCGAUAUUGGGGUAGACUAUCCAUCGUCAUUUAAUCGUGUGAAUCAAGUGAACUCGUUUCAGAACAAAGAUAUUUCAAACGAGGAAAGAAACCGUAUUUUAUUGUCAAUGUUAAAUGAAACCCCUAGAGAGUUUUUCACUGCAUACUAUCUUUCUAUAUGUUUGUUUUCAACCAAGCUCUACAAAACUUUUCAAACCACCAAGAUUUUAAAACUCUCGUCUAUAACCGAUGUUACUUACACUAUUGAGAUUUUGAACACGGAUCUCGAUAAUUGGAGAAAAAGUUUGCCUGAUAAGCUUCAGCCCUUUGAUAUUACCAGUAGCAACUAUUCUAUUACAAGCAGUACUAGCAGUAUGAGCAGUAUUCUAUUCAAUCAAAGUUUGCGAGCUAAACAGAUAAUAAACUAUUAUUUCAAGAGGAAUUUUAGGGAGGACUCGAUGAAUUCGACAAAUGGGAUGAAUCUAAUUGGCGGGCAUAUAGUUUUGUUGCAUUUGCUUUACUACAAUUUUGUAUUACAAAUCCAUCGGUUUUCAUUUGGAUCAAAGCACUGGGUUAAUUGGGUUGAUGAGAUUUUGGCCAAAGGCAAAGAUAAAGAGAAGAUGUUUCUGUCGAGUUGUUUCAGUACGUUUUAUGAGAACCGAAGCUGUUCAUCGAUCAAGAGUAUGAACAGUAAUAACAGCAGCAGCUGCAAUGACAGCGAGAAAAAGUCAAUUUUUGGAUAUGUGAAAGCAAAGGAAUAUUCGAGGCUUUUGAGCAAUAAAAGUGGGACUAAUCGUUGUUUGAUAGCAGCGCAGUUGAUUUUGGUGACUAUUAGUGAGAUUCAAUCUAGUUAUGUUCCUAGUUUGUAUCUUACACAUUCGCCGUCGUUUUCUGCGUUUAUCUUUUUGUUUGCGUUUUGUUUGGAGACGAUGGGAGAAGACAAGAAGAAGGAUUAUUUGGUGUUGGAGAUAAUUGAGUUAAUGAUCAAGUCAUUGAAAUUUUUCAGUUGUACUCAGUACUUGAAUUAUCUGAGGAUUAUUAAAUUUGACCUACCGUUUUACUGUUACAAUUUCAAGAACAUAUCGGCGGCUAGUUUUGUUUUGUCGUUAUUGAAGGUGUUGGUGUUGAGUUUCCAGGUUAAAUCUAAUAUUGAGCCAAGUAAUAAUUUUGAGCACUAUUUGAAUUUCAAAGAUAAGGUUGAUAAAGAUUAUUUUGGCAAAAUGGAGAGUGGUGUGUCAAGCAAGGGAAAAGACAAAGAAUGCAAGUAUUUUGAAUCGGAAAAGAUAUUAAAAGAAGUUCGAGAAUUUUUAAAGGAGAUAUUUUUAUUUGAGGACAAUGAAGAUCUGAUAAACGAUCUGACGGACGAGAGUGUGGUGUUCAAUGAAAAAAAGAGUGUGGAUGGAGGAGGAGGAGAUAUUGGGAUUGAAGAUUACGAUGAAGGAGAGAUCGAGAAAUUGACGUCUGAUCAUAUAUUUUCCAAAAUGAGAGAAAAGUUUUGUGAAAGGAGGAUGGAUAAAGGAAACGAGGUUUUUUCAGAAAAGAGGGUGUAUAAGCCAUUUUGCCAUUAUGUUACAUCGUCGAUAAGGUCGACGAGUCCCAAGGGGAGUGGAUCACCGCCCAGCACGUUCAGUUCAGUUCGAGACUCUAAGAUCUCUAUAUCUACAGGAACCAUCAACUCGUUUCGAAACCGGUCAAGGAUCAGUAUCAAUGAUUUAUUGGCGGAGCCAUUGGGAAUCAGCAGGACGUCGUCAAAGACGUCAUUGAGUUCGAUCAACUCGAAUGGGGAUUCAUUGCUUAAGAAGUUUGGAGAGAGUGAGAUAUUCAAGAUGCGAAGCAAUAACUCGCAGAUGUCGACCAGUAUUUUGAGCAAGAUGACGAAGAAUUUGAAGAUAUCUGGGGAUCAAAGCAAGGAGGGUCGAGCGAAGGAGGAGGAGGAGGAGGAGGAGGAGAUUGAUAACCAUUCGAAGAUUUUUGAAAACAGUUCGUUUGAUUGUUUGCAGCUUUUUCGGUUACCCAAUCUAUUGUUUUUCAGUGAGAAUGAUAAAAAAAAUUUUUCGCUGUUAGUUUAGAAUACAGCCAGGGCUGAUUACAAAAGCGCGUAUUUAUAUAUUUUUAUUAUGAAAGAUACAAGUAAUGAUUUUUUAUUUCUUUUGAUAUUGUUUUAAUUUAGUGUGAUUUGAAAAAAAUAGAUAUAACAUAGGGUUAGUGUAGUAGUAUUGUGAAUGGGAUGGUAAAGAGGAAAGCGACGAAAGGAGAUAAACCAGGAAGGUCGAAAAGGUAAAUGAGAUGAUGAGUGAAAUGAUGAGUGAGAUGAUGAGGAUAGUGUUUGUGUCUCAGGUCGAAUAAUUACGAAAUUUUAAAUCGAGAUAAAAUAAAUGUGAAACACUGUUCGAGUGGUUUGAAAUUAUCAGCUCAAGAAAAAGAAAUAAAAGCAACGCAGGCCUCAGGCAGACAAAGGUAAAAUGAGGCAGACAGAUCAAUCAAAUCAGAGCAGGACUAUCAGAGACUGGAAAUGGGUAAAAAAGAGCAGGAGAAAACAGAAUCCAAACAGAAUUCAAACAG